CUUAUCUGAUAAACAUCAGAGCUCCAGUUCCCUCCAUGAACUGCCACUUGCCCAUCCUAGUCAGAUUCCUGGUCCUGGAGAUGGACGAUUAUCUCAAAGACGUCACGCUUCCAUUAACCGCACUUCUCCGUUCCCACGACUGUGCAUCUUUGCCCCUUUCUUUAUUCUCCUCACCCAGUUUCCUGCCUCUUCCGCUCUCCUACCUUCCAUGUUUUGAUCCCAACCCGCGCCGAAAGGGCAUUUGGUAAUUGGAAAUGCAGUUGCAGAGCCAUUAACAGCCAUAGGAAAUGCACACGCUUUGCUGAGUCAGUGUUGUGAAUGAAGAUAUGAACUAGGCUUACCAUCCUUUUGGUCUUCAAUGGAUUCUGGCACUUGCUUGUGUAGACACAAUUCGAGGCCUCGCAGCCUUGUCCACCAGAUUAAAGUCCAUGCUGUUACUCAAUCCUCUCCUUCCCAAAUACUCUCGUGCGUUGAGAAAGCGCCCAAAUAUGCCUGCAUUUCACUUGUGCCAACUGCUGAUGAUUCAGACAGCGCCUCAAGCAGUCAGCUAGCAGGAUCGAAUUGUCUUCGUGAUGUCCAUAUUUCAGCACGGUUGAUGGAGGAUUUCCUUGAGCUGGCUAAACAAAAUACAGACAAGGAUCUUGAGACAUGUGGGGUUCUUGGUGCUUUCCUUGAAAGUGGGACCUAUUACGUCACCACUCUGAUCAUACCCAAGCAAGAGUCCACUUCCAACUCCUGCGAGGCAAAAAGGGAGGAGGAAUACUUUACAAUACAGAAAGAACGAUCUCUUUCCCCAGUUGGAUGGAUCCAUACACAUCCUUCUCAGAGUUGUUUUAUGUCAUCAAUUGACUUGCACACUCAUUACUCGUAUCAGGCAAUGAUACCAGAAGCAUUUGCCAUUGUCAUGGCUCCAACUGAUACAUCAAGGAGUUAUGGGAUAUUCCGGCUAUCUAAUCCAGGAGGGAUGAGUGUGUUGAGGCAAUGCCCAGAGAUGGGAUUCCACACUCAUGAAGAACCAGAAGAUGGGAGCCCCAUUUACGAGCACUGCUCUAACGUAUACACCAACUCCAAUCUGAGGUUUGAAAUAUUUGACUUGCGAUAAUAAUCAUUCUGGGACGACAGCAGCAUAAACAUGCACAGUACUCGGUGCCAAAUAUAUCAGUCAGCUUAAGAACAAUGGACUUCUGUCCUGAUUUUCGUUUGAAUCCGAGAUCCUUCAAAUCAUUGGUAGGGAACUACUACUACUACUGCCACCUGCUGUGUGUCUUCUGGACAUAUAAUAAUAUGAUGGAAAUGGCAGAAGCUGUUUGGAAUUGAUUUCAUUCAUCUCAUGUAAUCUAAAAUCCAAGGCUGGUCUCAUCUUUUGCUGCAAUGUUCAUGAUUCCAGCUUCAGCUCAUUUGUGUAUCUAUCUAGACUGGUUCAACCUGUUGUUGUUAAGUUUACUCUCCUGGCAGAUAAAUUAGCAUACCGC